AUGGCCCUGAGCCUCCUGGAGGACUGGUGCCGCGGGCUGGGUGUGGACGUGCGCCGGGCCCUGCUGGUCACCGGCAUCCCUGAGGGCCUGGAGCAGGAGGCCGUCGAGGCGGCCCUACAGCCGGCCUUCAUGGCCCUGGGCGCAUUCCGGUUGCGCAGCACUAGGGUGGUGAGGAAGGAGAAGGCAAAGGCCGCCCUGGUGGAGUUUGUGGAGGACAUUGACCACGCAGCCAUCCCCUGGGAGAUCCCGGGCCAGAACGGGGUGUGGAGGGUGCUGUGUAAGGAACGUGCAGAGGGCUCCCGAGUCCUGAAGCAGAUGAAACGCUUGCUACUGGAUGAGAGGCCCAUGCGGGCCCAAGUGGCCAAGGCCCCCGGGGACACACCCACCCCUCCUGUUCCGGAGAGUCAGGCCCAGGGGUUGGAGCAGGUGGCCAGGAACACCGGGCCCCCUCCGUGUGCAGCCAGGAAGGCUAGGAGGGGCCGGAGGGGUCGAGGAAGUAGAGCCAGAGGCAACAGGUUGACGAAGAAGGGCAAGAAGAGGGGCCGAGGAGGGCGGCCGUACACCUUGGUGAGGAGCGAGUCUGAGGACUCUUCCGACGAGAGCCUGGGCAUCGUGAUUGAGGAGAUUGAGGCGGACGAAGACGAAGACCAGAGGGCUCUGUAUGCCACGCUCCAGACCGCCGCCAGGGAGCUCGCUAAGAGGUGGGCGGUCCAGAACGAUGCUGAGGAGGGAGAUGGGCCCCGCGAAUUCUUGGCCCUGGUGACCGUGACGGACAAAGCCAAGAAAAAGGAGACAGAGAAAGAGCCUCCCUCGGCUGAGCCCAUCAGUUUGGACAUCAAAGAAGACAGGAAUGGCGUCCCCGACUUGGUGGCGCUCCUGGCCGUGAGAGAAACAUCGGAUGAGGAGCCCAUAGACAGUGACACUUCCGAAAGUGAGUCCCAGGACAAUGAGGACCAAGAAGAAGAGGAGGUGGACAAUCCUGAGUUUGUGGCCAUCGUGGCCUAUACUGACCCCUCAGACCCCUCUGCCCGGGAGGAGAUGUUAAAAAUCGCGUCUGUGAUUGAGUCGCUGGGCUGGAGUGACAAGAAGGACAAAAAGGAGGCUCUUCCUGAGGUCUUGUCUGUCAUGUCCAAGGACACAUCUGGCACCCGCGUGAAGGUGGAAGAGGCUGGUCGAGAGGUGGAUGCCAUGGUCCUGAGGAAGGCCAAAGACGAUGGGAACCUUCUGGAAUGCAUAUCCACCUUGGCUGAGCCGGAGACCCCUUCCAAAGGGAAGAAGGCCCAGCGUAGCUUCCUCAGCGGCUGGGGUGAUGAUGAUGAACCUGAGGGGGGCCUCCUGGAACUGGUGGCACUCCUGGCUGCACAGGAUAUGGCAGAGGUGAUGAAGGAGGAAAAAGAAAAUACCUGGGAGUGCGGAAAGUACAAAUACGCCAAAGGCAACCUGGGCGAGGUCUUGGCUCUCCUGGCUGCCCGGGAGAUCAUGGAUUCGGAAGAGGAGUCAGAGAAAGAGUCGGAGUCGGAGUCGGAGUCGGAGUCGGAGUCGGAGUCGGAGUCGGACGAAGAGUCCGAGGGGUCUGAGGAAACAGAGAGCGAGGAGUCCGGACCUGAGGAGAGGGCGUCCAGGAAGCCGCGGGCCAAGAGGGCGCGCACAGCUGCCCGGAGCCUAGGUCAGUCCGGCACAUCCACUUCCGCCACCCCCACCCCCACCGCCGUGGGGCCUCGCAAAUCCCGAGCAGGGGGCAGAGCAGGGGGCCGAGGCCGCGGCCGGGUCUCCACUGCUGAGAAGAAGGCCGGGGAUGGCGCAGGAAGCAAGAAGAAGAAGGCGAAUCCUGCCUCCGGGCCCCACGCGAAGGCAGGCGAGGCCAAGGGUCAUCCGCCCAACGGAGCCCGGUCUGCCCGCGGGAAGAAGGGGCGUCGGGGCCGCAGGCUGCCCCCUAAGUGCCGCUAGCAUAAGCCAAAGCCGCGGAGGCGGAGCAGACCCCGCACUGUGCCCCCUCCUUCCUCCCUCCUCCUCCUCUCCAGCGGGCUGUCUUCUCGCUUCACGCCUAUAUCUCUGCGCUCCUGUGCCGUGUGUCGCCGGUGCUCACCUAUACCUUUUAGUCCCCCGUUUGGAGACAGCGCGAGACAGGCCCGUGGGAAUUCCAGAGGAAGGAAAGGAGAAAGGGGCACCCCUGGGUCUUUGGAGCUGGACCGGCGCCCCACGUGAUGUGAGGGUGUCUUAGGUCGCACUGGUGGGGCCCCCCCGGGUGGCAGAGGGUGAGUGUGUCCUGGGACACCAGCCACCUGUGGGCAGGCAGCGCAGUGAGUUCUUUUUGGCCUUGCUCGUGCCCCAUCCUUCCAGACACAUGCUGCUGGCCAAGAUCAAGGACACCCUCCCCCCUCUCCAUCUGACUGGGACUGGGGCUGGGGCUGGGCUGUGCCUAGUUGGCAUCUGGUGUCAGGGUGUAGCUGAGCACUGAAGGCCGAUCCUCCAACCUGGGAGAUGAGAUGAAUGGAGAAAGAGAGAGAGAGGGAGGGAGAGGAGAGGUGGGGGAGGGGAGAGGAGAGAAGAAGGACCGAGUGAGGCUGAGCAAAGAAGGGGAGAGGAAGGAGGAGGGAGAGAAGGGGAGGAGGAUGAGGAAGAAAGAGGCACAGCACAGCCCUGGCUCUGAGGCACCUCUGAUGCUGACAAAUGAACCCUCCUCACAGCCGAGGACCGUGCUGGGUACCCCCCAGGCUGAAUUUGACACCCAGGCUGACUGCACAGCAUUUCUCCACAUUUCUGGUAUUUGCCAAUGUUUUCAAUAGUUUAGGGGCAUUCACACAAAUCCAGAUGUCUAAGCUGACUCCCCCCAACUGGCUGAGGCCCUCUGUGUCCCAUGGCUCCCCACCCUCAAGUACCAGGGCCAUCUAGCCCAGCUGAGCUGCAUUUGUUCUCCCACUUAGGACAAUGUGGGUCCCCCCACCCCAGUGAAUGACACUGGGAAGGCACUGUGAGGAGUGGAGCCUCAGUGUCAGAGCCCCAAUGAUGGUGUCCAUCUUUGGGAGGACAUGUCCUUAUGGGAGAAGCAUCCCCUUGUCCCACGCUGAUGCUUCAGCCUGUGUCUGUCCCGUGUGUGAUGUGUUGGCUGGCCCCCUGCCAAGCUCUGUGCUCCCUCAGUAGCAACCUCCACCAGCGCCCUCCCCCAGGCCCCUUGUCCCUCGGGGUGUGUGUGUGUCCCAGUCCCAUUCCCAGGAGUGAGGAGACCGAUCCUACCCAGAGGCCCUUUUGACAUCCAUCCCUUGUCCCUCAGAAGGAGAGAGGGACCCACGCGUCCUGGGCCUCCAACUGGACUGUCUGAGCGCCAUCAGGACACCCAGGUGCAGACCCCAGGACGGGGCCUGUGCUGUGCUGGGAUGCCGCCAUGCUGGGUGCAGGAGCCACCCCCCACCCACUGAAGAUCCCGAAGUGGGCUGCGGAAGAAGCUCCUACCCUGGGGACAGAGGCAUCGGGUAGAAAGGCCCUGUGUGACUCUCCCCGUACGUAGCACUUGUAGGUUCCUCUCCUCGUGUACCAUGUCAUCUCUGACCCUCAGUAAAGAGAAA